AUGCCGGCACGACUAUACACCUUCUCUGAAGAGACCAAGUCCAAGCUACGCAAGUUCCGCCUGGGCACCUCGCGCGCCAAAGAUCCCCAGGCCGUUAUCUACGAAAUCGAUAAGAAGACGCUCGAAGUACGCCAGUCGGACGAUGAGGUCUACACCGACGUACAGAGUCUCGCCGAUGAGCUCCCAGACCACGCACCACGAUUUGUGCUCUUGAGCUACCCGUUGACCCUCGACUCGGGACGGUUAUCCGUGCCAUACGUCAUGCUAUACUACCUGCCCAUCACAUGCAACAGCGAGGUGAAGAUGCUGUACGCCGGCGCAAAAGAGCUCAUGCGGAACACAAGUGAGGUGAACCGCAUCAUCGAGAUCGACAGUGCCGAGGAUUUGGAGGAGAUUGAAGACAAGUUGAAGGAGCAGAAGUAA